CGGGGUUUCAAAGGAAAUUGUGACUGCAGGAUGAAGCUCCCUCGCCCUUUUCAAACACACAUUGUUCACUAUUAACACCUACACGUAGUCUAUUUGACUCUGUUUAUUAUUUUGGUACGCAUAAGCCGAGAAAUGCAAUUAAUUAAUAACUUUGUCAUAUUUGUUCCACCCGCUGGAUCAAGUUGACGGUUUAGCUCAAAAUGGCUGGAGAGAAACAGAGUUAUGAGGAUCGACGGUUUUUACGAAAAAAUGAGCCUGUCGUAGCUUGAAGGCGCUUCCUCCACAUAUCUGGGGACCCAGGGGGAGUGUGGAGAGGGGCGGACGGGACCACAACCCGGGCACCACCCAAAAAAGGAGGAGCGAGGGAGCAGCCGAGGAGGACGGAUCAUCCAAUCGUUGGUAGCCAGUAAGUCCAUCCGGUGAGAUGAAGAGCCUUCAGUUCCGGAGCAUCGCCCCUAAGGCCCCGGCUGUGGUGCCCUCCCCUUCCCCUGCAGUCCUCUCCUGCCAGCCUACCUCUGCCCUCCCUGAGGCUACCACCGCCUCCAGCCCCAAGUCCAUCAUUGUGCCCACCCAAAACUAUGCACUGAUGCAAAUAGCAGGUCAGGAUGGCACUUUCUCUCUGGUGGCACUGCCUCCUUCUGUCUCCUCUCAGACGCCACAGCAGCAAACCCAAAAGAACCUCAAGUUGCCCAUUCCCAGGUACCAGCCAGUAAGGAGCAAGGGGACCACAGAUAAGGUCAAGUCACCACCACUAGCUGCGAGGGUGAAAACAGCCUCCAAGGUUGCUGUGACAGCACAAACCAAGUCAGCGUCAACAGUGAUGAAGAAAAAACAACAGGAGUCCAAGCACACAACGGAAAACCUAGUGGCCAAAGAGGAGUCUUCAGAGCAGGUAAUUCUGAUUGACCCAGCUUCCUCUGACAUCUCUGUCACUGCUCUACUCCCAGACAAUGCUGUCCUGUACCCAGGUUCUCAGCUAGAGCGAGCACCAGAUUGCUCUGAACGAUCUACUACAACUAGCCUUGUUCAGAACCUCCAGUUUCCCCCAGCUGCUGGCUCCCCAAGUAAAUCCCCAGAGGAAAGUAAGACUACAGUGAGGCUGUGCCAGUCUAAGUCCACUGCAGCCCAGCCCCAGAGCAGUAUAACUGUCCUGUCCUCAGCCAUCUUCAGCAAAGCAGUCCAGAUUAUCCCGUCCCCACCUAAGGGUAAACUGCCCAUUCUGCCCUACUCUAAAAUGAAGAGCGCCCUCAUCCCAGCUGCAAAGCUUAGCAAUUUGUCCCCAGAGAAGGGUUUCUCUAGCCAGACAGCAGGACUCAUCAGCCCCUUAGAUCCUACCACGAAGCCCCAAGAGACAGCUAAAGCCUUGGGUCACAACCAGGUGCCAAACUCCAUUCUCCAGCCCCUGGCAAAGACCACACUCAUGCCUGUGUUGGGAACCCUCCAGGAACCACCUAGGAAGAAGAGGGGGCGGAAGAGAAAGACGAUGGAAGACAUCUUGGCAUUUGAGGCUAGAAAGAAGAGGUCUUUGUCUUUCUUCUGUAGAAGGGUCCCAGAGAAACCGCCAGCAGUUAUUCCAGGCUCUAAACAAAAGGAAGUUGAUAUUUCAAAGAAGUACCGCAGCAUCCGACCUAAGCCCAUGUUAGUAAUGGAAACAGUUCCCCAACUGGUUAGUUUGCCUGCCAUUACCCCAGAUGGCCAAGAACAGGAACUUGUACUUGGUCAUCAACUCCCCACUACUACCACAACCAAGACCCUGGACUGUCCUCCCCAACCAGCCCCAGUAACCCUCCACCUGAGAGGUGCCUCCCAUCCAAGAGUGUUCAUAGGCAGCCGUCCGCUCCACCGUUGCCCCACCUGCAGCCGCUGUUUCCAGUUCAAGCAUCACCUCCAGAGCCACAUGAACAGUCACACCAACAGCCGGCCCUACGUCUGCCCAGUCUGCCGCAAAGCCUACGCUCACUCCGGCAGCCUGAGCACCCACAUGAAGCUUCACCACUCUGAGGUACGCCCACGUCGGUCUCUGUGCUGCGAGUUCUGCGAGAAGGCCUUUGGAUAUGUUGGGGUUUACUUCAGUCACCUGAGAGAGGUCCACAAGGUGGUGCUGACUGUGGAGCCUUCCAUCAGCCAUCAUGAGGAUCACCUGUCUGGGGAGAGGGCCAACUCCCCAGAGCCAUCAGAUGAGCAGGAUCGGGAAGACCCUGUAGAACUGCAGAUCAAAUGCGGCCGCUGCCAGGCCAUCACUCCGACCUUUGCAGACAUGAAGAUGCACUUGCUGUAUGUGCAUGGGGAGGAGGUCCACGUUCCACUUCACAAGGGCCAGGCACCGCGCAGUGGCCGCGAGGCCGAGAACGAGCUGGUAAAGCACGCCGCCCACUACUGGCGGCAGCUCAACGAGAAGCGCAACCUGGUCAGGUGCGGCAGCUGCGACGAGGAGUUCUUCUCCUUCUCCAAGCUUAAGAGACACAUCAUGUCCCACCACCACAGAAUGGAGGGGGAGUACAGCGGGGCCCUUGCAUCACCAGAUAGUUGCAGAGGCCAUGGGGUCCUUGCAGCAGGUGCGGCCUUUAACUGUGUGCUUUGCAGCGAGAUAUUGGACACUAAAGAGGGGGUUAUGGAGCACUGGAAGAGUCGCCACCACUGUGAGCAACCCAGCCUUCUAUGGGAUGCACUGAGCUCCUACUCUGGCCAGGAAGAGGGUGAAGCAGACGGGGAUCUGGACACUCCUGCUCCAAGCCCACACUAUCCAGCUUAGUCCUCGAGUGGGCAUGGAGACCUUUACUGUGGCACCUCACGGACAGUCAGUACUAUCAAUCAGCAUUACAGGGAUGAAGAGUUUGUCUGAUGUUUAUUAUCACUAGUUUCAUCUUUCACCAGUUGAGGCAGUUGACUUGAUUCAAAUGAAAAUAGAAAAAGAAUAUCAAGCCAAUGGUGAAAGUUGAUCUUUGUGUUACAGUUCAUAAGGGAUGCUCUUUGUAGGUCAGAGAAUUCAGUUUUAUUUCCCAUGUGAUUUUGAAUGCACUGUUCUGUUUUUUUGACAUUUUGUUUGUAGGUAUGUAUUUAAUAUCCUGUCGGAUAAUUUUUCUACUGCUUAUUUAAAUCUUAUUAAAAUGGUUAUUUAUAACCUAGCUGACGCAUAAAUACUGGUAAAGGGUCAUUUAACUUAAAUCCUUAGUUGUCAUGGUCUCUAGCCAUGCAUAUAAUUUAGUUUUUUGUGCUGAGUUGUGCCUUCACCCCAAUGAAAAUUACAUUUAAAAAGUUUAAUGACUACUUCUUAUUGCGAAAACUAUCGGAAGACUAUCCAGAGGAAACUGGGUUUUUUUGUGUAAUACCGUGAACACCACAAACAAAAUUCCAUUCAUCUCCAUUUCAUAAGAUUGAAGUCCAAAAUCCUACAAGAUCUUCAAUUUAUCCAAAACUACCAAAUGUGCAUGGCUAUAUACCACUAUUGGAGAAAAUGUAGUUUCUAAUUAGGAUGACCCUGUUUAAAAUACUGAGAAAUGUAAAUCUUAUAACAAGGGCACACUGUCUACUGUCACACUGGCUGACAAUGUAUCUAUUGGCCUUGCAUUAUACAGUUAAACAAUAAUUGGUAUGAUUACACAGUCCUUUGAUGUAAUAUUGUUCAUGUAAUGUAUCCUGAAAAUCAAUAGUUCAGUUAUGACUUGAACUUUCACAGUCCGAUUAAGGGCAGCAUUGGGGUCCUCAGUCAAUCCGGACCCAUAGAGGAACACACUCAACCAGCACCCAAGUGACAUCCUUGUGGCCUUCUGAAAAAAGAAUGGGUGUACAUGCAUAGUGUGGCUUACCGUCAGUACUGUCCUCUGUUGGCCAAGUUCUAUCUCCUCAACUUGUGGAUUAAUGCCUAUUUGUGUACUCUGUGAUAUGCCAAGGGUCAAUUUACACUAGUGAUUGUAAAAGUGAGUUUUGCAUUGAAACUUUCAACCACUAACAGAAUCAUUUUUGGUGACUUAGUAAGUACGCAAAGAAAAUUAUCGAAUUGCCUACAUGUUGUUGCCAGCUCAUGUACGCACCUGUGGAAUUUUGUGCACCCAGACUCUAUUAUUAGAGUUAAUAUAAACUGUUGUCAAGUCCAGAAAAUAUGCUAUUUUAUACUAGAUUAAUACAGAGGUCUUUUUAGUAUAGUCCUGCUUGUCGUUGGUCCUUAAAGAUUUUUGUUUGAUACUUCUAAGGCGGGGGGUGCUUAACGUCUUGUUUUUUGAUGGGAGGCCAUUACUACAUGGCAAGUAUCUCUGCUAACAUUUGUCUGUGUUUAUCUUUCAUAUGAAGAAAAAAAACAUCACAGGGUCAAGUGAAUGUACCUGAAUGUUUUCAAAACCCUACCAAAAGUAUAUAUAUAUAUGCUAUAUAGACUUAUUCCAUAAAUAGAAUAUAUAGAUAUAUUGAAAAAAAGAAUAUAUAUAUAUUUACAUAGAGUACCUUGUGAAUCAGCUGCUGUGUUCUGUCAUAGUGGAGGAGGGAAACAAGAGAUGAAUAUAUAAUUGCCACUGGCAACAAAAGCCAUGUAGAGCUGUCCUUAUGUGUCUGAAACAAAAUGCAGGACUGUGAAUGAAGGGCAAAGCACUGGUGUGUACAUGUCGCACUGAGUGGGUAAUCUACAGUAUAGUGCACUACUGUUUACUGAAUGCCAUGUUUAAGUGUUCAUCAGUGAAGUGUCCUUUGUUUUCAAGCCCUCACCACAAACCAGGAAGUGACAGAAUUAGGGAUCAGACUCCUCUUUCCUCAGUUAGAUAAGAAACGUACUUAUGACUGUCAGCACAAGUCAAUAAGUGAAAAAUCCCACAUUAGGUGAUGUGAUGUGUUUGACUCACUUAAUAUGUUGACUGUGUAUGUGCUCGUGACUGUGUACCUGAAGAACCCGAUGUUUAUGAGAAUAAAGUUAUGCUUUGUUGA